CUCUUACGUUGAACAUUACAUUUUUCCCUUCCAUCUUUCAUUCAACAUGUCGCGUCGACCGUUGCUCUUGCCUGCAACUGCAGCCUGCGUUCUGGCUCUCUUUGCUUGUGUGGCCUAUGCCGAAGUCGUCGAGCAUACCUUCCAUGUGGGGAACCAGACCAUCAAUCGACUGUGCCGGAACCAGAUGAUAACUGCAGUAAACGGAAGUCUCCCGGGUCCGACCAUAAAGGUCCGGGAGGGCGAUACCCUCAUUGUUCAUGUCUUCAACAAAUCGCCUUACAACCUCACCAUUCACUGGCAUGGGGUGUUUCAGCUACUGAGCGGCUGGGCCGACGGGCCGGUUUACGUAACACAGUGCCCGAUUCUUCCAGGGAAUAGCUACACUUACAGAUUCAACAUUACGGGACAAGAGGGAACUCUUUGGUGGCAUGCUCAUGUCUCCUGGCUUCGUGCCACCGUCUAUGGUGCUCUCAUCAUCCGCCCCAGACCCGGUCGAACCUACCCUUUUCCAAAACCCUAUCGGGAGGUCCCUAUCCUAUUAGGUGAGUGGUGGAACGCUAACGUCGUCGACGUCGAGAACGAGGCCCUAGCUACMGGUGCUGCUCCCAAUAACUCCGACGCUUAUACCAUCAACGGCAGGCCCGGUGAUCUCUAUCCAUGCUCUCGAAAUGGUACCUAUAAGCUGACAGUGGUGCAGGGGAAGACCUAUCUCCUCCGCAUAAUCAACGCUGCACUCAAYAACCARCUUUUCUUCAAGAUCGCACGUCACAAUUUUACGGUGGUCGCCGUGGACGCCAGCUACACCGAGCCGUACAAGRCCGAUGUGGUGGUGRUCUCCCCCGGCCAGACAACCGACGUCCUCCUCACGGCCGACCGACCUCUGGGGGAUUACUACAUGGCAGCUCACGCGUAUGCGAGUGCUGCCGGGGUUCCGUUCGAUAACACGACGACGACAGRGAUCGUUCACUACAAGGACUCCACGUCAGCAUCUCCGGAGAUGCCGGUGCUCCCUGCGUUCAACGACACACCGACGGCCCACAAGUUCUACAGCAACCUUACAAGCCUUACGAGGAAGGCAAUGCCGGACGUGGACGAGAGGAUGUUUAUAACCGUUGGAUUAGGUCUGACGGCAUGCGAUAGGAAUACCACAUGUGGGGGCCCCUCUGGAUUGAAACUGKCUGCGAGCAUGAACAACCAGUCCUUCCAAUUGCCAUCAAGACUAUCUCUGCUGCAGGCAUUCUUUUCGGGGGUGAGUGGUAUCUACACCGAGGAUUUCCCCGACAACCCUCCGGUGGUGUUCGAUUACACCAAUCCCAACAACAGUUUCAAUGCGUCGCUCUACUUGACGGAGAAGAGCACACGUGUGAAGAAAUUAAGAUAUAAUUCAACGGUGGAGGUAGUGUUUCAGAACACGGCCAUCGUUGGGGUGGAGAACCACCCGAUCCACCUUCACGGUUUCAAUUUCUUCGUAUUGGCACAAGGAUUUGGGAACUACGACGCARCCAGGGAUACCAACAACUUCAAUUUGGUAAAUCCACAAGAGCGUAACACCAUCGCCGUGCCGGUCGGAGGCUGGGYCGUCAUCAGGUUCACGGCUAACAAUCCAGGUGUAUGGAUCAUGCAUUGCCACCUGGAUGUCCACUUGCCGUGGGGCCUAGCCGGAGCUUUCGUGGUAGACAGUGGACCCACUCCUUCGUCCAAGCUUCCUCCGCCACCUUCCGAUCUUCCUCGAUGUUAAGAGGACUAUGCUUUUGACUAGCUUUUUUUUUUUUUUUUCAUGCUUUCAUUUUCUUGAUAUGUUUUUGCUUUUCCCAAUUUCUUUAUUUAUGACCAAUUGAUCAUGUGCUAGAGAUUGAUAAAGACUGAAGACUUUAAUUUGAAUAUGAUUGUUUACUCGGUUCUUUAUGAAAGGGAACCAACAAAGAAUAAACAUACAUGUAAUUUCGUUUGUGUAGUA